GCCCGAGCAGCAGCUGGGUCAGUGGGCCACAGGAGCACAGGCCACCUUUCCCCGGGGGCUUCAGAAUGGACUUGUGCCCCCCAGACCCAGGGGAGCUGAGCAGCGGGGAGGCGGAGGAGCUGCAGCGGAUCAAAUGGCAUCGGAAGCAGCUUCUGGAGGACAUCCAGAAGCUGAAGGACGAGAUCGCAGAUGUGUUUGCUCAAAUCGACUGCUUCGAGACAGCAGAGGAGAGCCGCAUGGCCCAGAAGGAGAAGGAGCUGGGCAUCGGGCGCAAGAAAUUCAACAUGGACCCCGUGAAGGGCAUCCAGUAUCUCACUGAGCACAAGCUGCUGACCCCUGAUGUCCAAGAUAUCGCCCAGUUCUUGUACAAGGGCGAGGGCCUCAACAAGACGGCCAUCGGCACCUACCUGGGGGAGAGGGACCCCAUCAACCUGCAGGUCCUCCAGGCCUUCGUAGAUUGCCACGAGUUCGCCAACCUCAACCUCGUCCAGGCCCUCAGACAAUUCCUGUGGAGCUUCCGACUGCCAGGCGAGGCCCAGAAGAUCGACCGCAUGAUGGAGACCUUUGCCACCCGAUACUGCCUCUGCAACCCAGGUGUCUUCCAAUCCACAGACACCUGCUACGUCCUGUCCUUCUCCAUCAUCAUGCUCAACACCAGCCUCCACAACCCCAAUGUCCGGGACAGGCCGCCCUUCGAGCGCUUUGUGUCCAUGAACCGUGGCAUCAAUGACGGCAGUGACCUGCCUGAGGAGCAGCUGCGGAACCUCUUCGACAGCAUCAAGAGUGAGCCCUUCUCCAUCCCCGAGGACGAUGGCAACGACCUCACUCACACCUUCUUCAACCCCGACCGCGAGGGCUGGCUGCUCAAGCUGGGCGGCCGCGUGAAGACGUGGAAACGACGCUGGUUCAUCCUGACGGACAGCUGCCUCUACUACUUUGAGUUCACCACUGACAAGGAGCCCCGGGGAAUCAUACCCCUUGAGAACCUCUCAGUGCAGAAGGUGGAUGACCCCAAGAAGCCAAGCCAGCAUCACCCGUGUUCCCUUCUACGACCUGGUCUCUGCUCGGAAGAAGAAGAUUGCCAGCAAGCAGUGAGCUUCCUGGGAGGUGGUGCCCAGCUUCCUGGGAGGUGGUGCCCGGCGUCCUGGGAUCCCCGUGACCUGUGGUACCUGGAGACCUACCUCCAACCCCAGGGCACCCUCUCCUGGCCCGCAGACAUCCUCCCUCAACCCCCUUCACUUCAAACUGACAGCAGAGGGGAGGAAGGGCUCAAGAAAGAGGGUGGGUGGGAACCACCGAGGGCUCAAAGCCCGACCAUGAGGCCGCUGGCCCUGGACACCCAGGAAAGGCCCCGCCCCAGCCCCAAGUCCACCGCAGUAAGGGGUGAGGAAAGCAGCCCGGAACCCGGCACCCUGCCCUCUCUCUGGGGCUCAGUUUCCUCUCUUGUCAGAUGUCUCCUUGCCCUCUGAAAUGCUGUCAGCCCUCAGAGCAGGAGGAGCCUGCGUGCUUCCUACCCUCCGCCAUGGUGAUGCCUCCUCCUUCCGCUCAGGGCGUUUCUCGGCCAGCCCCUCCCCCGUCCUCAGCUGGGGCUUGGCCUUCCCUGCCCAAGGGACACACGUACACAUCUCAGACCCACCGACAAGACCUCUGGGAGACCCGAGAGCACUGGACUAGAAGCCCUGAUGCCACAGUCUCAGUCCCAGCUCUGUCUCCAACUUGUUGCGUGCCCUCGGCCAAGUCACCCUCCUUCUCUGGUUCCUGGAAAAGUGCGGUGUUUGGAGAGAAGUGUCUUGGCCCUUCUGGCUCUGUGCACCGCCUCCACUGCAACCUCCAACCUGCCAGCAAUGGCCCUAGGUAGGUCCCAGCAGGGCGUGAGCUGGCCACCUCCCUCCUCUGAGACUGCUUCCUCUCGGUAGAAGGACAGGAUUGGACCGGGUCUCCCAAGGAGCUUCUGGCUGGAGAUGUCUGCACCAGAGCUGGAGGGGGCUCUGGACUGAAGGCUGCUGGGAGGCAGAGAGCAGAGUGGGCUCCAUCCUCAAGGAUGUCCAUCUUAGAGAAGGGGUGGGUGGGACUCCUCAAGAAAAUGGCAGACAGCAUCCCAGACAGAUGUACUCAGGCGGAACUGGCGGUACAAUCAAGAAGUCAAGAAGAGAGCUUUGUGAGCUGUGGUUACCAAGAGGGCUGCCUGGAGGCAGCGGCCACGCCAGUGAGUGACACAGAAGCUUGUAGCAGAGUCUCAGCUACAGCUUCCCUGCUGGACCACUGCCCAGGGCUCCCGUGGUGGUGAGCAGGGGCCCAGCAUCCUGAGAUCCUCUGGAGUAACACCAUCAAGAGUGGAACUGACUUCCCAGCCCACAGGCAGGCAGCUCUCCAGGGAGAUUCCAGCCUGGAGGAGGAUUCCACGAACAGGUUUCUUCUCAGUAGCACUUCUCACCCCGUCGCACAGGCCCUGGGGGUGUCCCUGGAGAGAAGUUCCCUGGCAGGAAAGCAGGAUAUGGGGUUACCUCUGCCCCACUCCCAGCCUGCGUGGGCAAGCCAGAGCAAGGUGGAUUCCCCCGGGGAAGGGAGGCAACCUCUCCUCCCCUCCACCUCCCACACACAUGCACACUCUCCAGGGUGUCAGGAUAGAGUAGCUGCCUUGCAGUGGUGAGACCCCUGUCUCUGGAGGUGUGCAAGAACCUGGUAAUGAUAUUGCACUGAGGAGGAUCUGGUUGGGCAUCUGCAGGAAGAAGACUUACAGGACGUUUGAGGUCUUCCACAGACUCCAUGGCAGCCUGGGAGCUGAGCGCCACCCCUGCUGCCUCAUUUGGCCCCUGAAGGGGCAGCCAGGCGUCAUGGGCUCUGAGGUUCUCUCCUGCCACUGGUUAUACACUGGCUGUGUGAUCUUAGUCCACUUCCUUCCCCUCUCUGGUCCUCAGCUUCCCCCCACCCCCGCCAUCAUUGAGAGGGUGGAACGGGGGAUUUUCUGGGCAUGAGUGGCUGUUCUGAGAAUCACUCAGAAUAGAGAAUAAAGCUCAUGAU